AUGGAAAGACAAGAGAAACUGAAGAGAGAGGAAAUGGAAAUGCAAGAAAGACUGGAAAGGGAGGAGAGACAGGAAAGACUGGAAAGUGAGGAGAGACAGGAAAGACUGGAAAGAGAGGAGAGACAAGAAAGACUGAAGAGAGAGGAAAUGGAAAGAAAAGAGAGGCUAGAGAAAGAGAAACUAGCAUAUCAGCAUGAAAUAGAAAUGAUGAAGCUAGCGAUACAGACGAAAUUUGGAGUAGGCUCGGGUAGUGAAAAGCAUAGUGAAAAUUUUGUGGUUACAAAGCAUAUUAGGUUAGUGCCUCCAUUCCAAGAAAAAGAUAUCAAUAAGUACUUUUUGCAUUUCGAGAAAAUAGCUAGUAAUCUUAAGUGGCCCAAAGAGUACUGGGUAAUGUUAUUACAAAGUGUAUUGGUUGGUAAAGCAAGGGAAAUAUAUAUACAGUUAAGUGUAGAGCAAGCUGCAAGUUACGACAUUGUUAAGGAUCUUAUUUUAAAGGAUUACAAGUUAGUUCCUGAGGCAUAUCGUCAAAAGUUUAGAAACUCUGAGAAAGUCAGUUGUCAAACUUACGUAGAAUUUGCUAGGAGUAAGAAACAGUUAUUUGAUCGUUGGUGUCAUUCACGGAAGAUAGGCAAGAGUCACGAUAAGUUAAGACAGUUAAUAUUAGUUGAAGAAUUUAAGAGGUGCAUUCACAGUGAUGUCCGAACCUUCAUCAACGAGCAAAGAGCAGAAACGUUGGAAGAUGCAGCACGGUUAUCUGAUGAAUUCUCAUUGAGUCACAAAGUGAACUUCAUGGGAAAGCCC